AUGGCGGCGACGGAGGGGGCCGACGAGCCGGCGGCGACCGCGGCGGGUGACCCGCGCCACGUUCGCAACACGUGCAUCCUCGCGCACGUGGACCACGGCAAGACCACGCUGGCGGACCACCUGGUGGCGUCCUGCGGGGGCGGGCUCCUCCACCCGAAGCUCGCCGGCCGGAUCCGCUUCAUGGACUACCUCGACGAGGAGCAGCGACGGGCCAUCACCAUGAAGUCCGCCGCCGUCGCGCUCCGCUCCCGGGCCGGCCACCGCGUCAGCCUCAUCGACUCCCCGGGCCACAUCGACUUCUGCUCCGAGGUCUCCUCCGCCGCGCGCCUCUCGGACUCGGCGCUCAUCCUUGUCGACGCCGUCGAGGGGGUGCACGUCCAGACGCACGCCGCGCUGCGCCAGGCCUUCAUCGAGCGCCUCCGGCCCUGCCUCGUGCUCAACAAGAUUGACCGCCUCAUCACCGAGCUCAGCCUCACCCCCGCCGAUGCCUACGUCCGCCUCCACCGCAUCAUCUCCGACGUCAACUCCAUCUACUCCGCGCUGCGCUCCCACUCCUACUUCUCCCUCCUCUCCGCCCUCGAGGAUAGCCCCUCCACAAUCUCUUCGUCCUCAGCUGAGGACCUACCGGAGGACUUUGAAGACGACGAUGACAACGAGGACGCCUUCCAGCCCCUCAAGGGCAAUGUCGUCUUCGCCUGUGCACUUGACGGCUGGGGCUUUCGCCCCCAACAGUUCGGCAACCUCUACGCCAGAAAGAUCAGAGUCAACCCCUCCGCCUUCCUGAAAGGAUUGUGGGGCCCCAGAUAUUUCGAUAAGAAGACGGGGAAGGUUGUGGGGAAGAAAGCUAUCAAGAGCGCAGACCCACAGCCAAUGUUCGUGGAGUUUGUGUUGAGUGCCCUGUGGAAGAUGUACGAGCUGGUGCUGAAGGACGGUGGUGAGAGUCAAGCGGUGAAGAAAUUGAUUGAAAACUUUGACUUGAAAAUUCCGGAACUGGAGCUGAACAGAGAUACAAAGGCUGUGCUGCAAUCUGUCAUGAGCCGGUGGCUGCCGCUGGCAGAUGCCGUGAUGGAUAUGGUGGUGGAGUGCACGCCUGAUCCUGUUGCUGCUCAAGAGGUCAGGGUUGCAAGGCUUAUGCCAAAGAGGGAGGUUACUCCAGAAGAUGCUGCUGGUUGCUCUGAGGUUGUUGAGGAGGCAGAGAGGGUGCGGAGGUGUGUCGAGGCCUGUGAUGUGAGUGCUGAUGCGCCAGUGGUAGUUUAUGUGUCAAAGAUGUUUGCUGUGCCAUCUAAGAUGUUGCCAUUGAAGGGAGUGGAUGGUGAACUGUUGAACCACCAUAGUAGUAGCGAGUCAGAGGAGUGCUUUAUGGCAUUUGCAAGGGUCUUCAGUGGCGUCCUUCAUGCAGGGCAGAAGGUAUUUGUGCUGUCGCCAUUGUAUGAUCCAGUGAAAGGGGAUACAGUUCAGAAGCAUGUGCAGGAGGUGGAGCUUCAAUACUUGUAUGAGAUGCUAGGACAAGGCCUGAAGCCAGUUGCCAGUGUGGCUGCGGGGAAUGUGGUUGCAAUCCAGGGCCUUGGGCAGCAUAUAUUGAAGAGUGCCACAUUGUCGUCGACCAAGAAUUGCUGGCCCUUCUCGAGUAUGAUGUUCCAGGCAUCUCCGAUCCUUAAAGUUGCAAUUGAGCCCUCAAAUCCAGCUGAUCUAGGAGCUCUUGUUAAAGGGCUUAGGCUUCUUAACCGGGCAGAUCCAUUUGUCGAGUAUACUGUUUCGCAGAGGGGUGAGCAUGUCCUUGCUGCUGCUGGUGAGAUACAUUUGGAGCGGUGCAUAAAGGAUUUGGAGGAGAGAUUUUCAAAGGUCAAAUUGGUGGUCUCAGACCCCCUAGUUUCCUUCAAAGAGACAAUCGAAGGGGAAGGUGCCAGUUUAGUGGAGAGCUUGAAGAAUCCACAGGAGUUUGUUGAGAGGACUACUCCAAAUGGGAGGUGUACUGUGCGAGUUCAGGUCUUGAGGCUUCCCAAUGCUCUGACUAAGGUCCUUGAGGAAAGCGAACAGUUGCUUGGUCAAAUAAUUGACGGGAAAACAGCAAAAAGGGAUGGUGUUUUGGAUCCUCGCCUUUCUCAGGAAGAUGGUGAUUCUGCUGCAACUCUCAGACAGCGGAUGAUUGAUGCCAUAGACAGUGAAUUAGACACAAUCUCUAAGCAAGUUGAUAAAGAAAAACUUGACAGGUAUAGAAAGACAUGGCUUGGACACCUUGACAGAAUCUGGUCACUAAGUCCUUGGCAGGUUGGUCCGAAUGUCCUUCUUUUGCCUGAUUCAAAAUUAAGUGGUGGUACAAUGACUGUCCAAGAUGGAAGGCAAGGAUUCCAGAUUGCCACUAAUGCUGGGCCUUUAUGUGAUGAACCUAUGUGGGGUCUUGCGUUUAUUGUUGAGCCUUACAUAUUUGCUGAUGGCUCUGAUGCUGCCAACCACUCUGAUCAAUACAAUGUCUUCAGCGGUCAAGUAAUCACUGCGGUUAAAGAAGCAUGCAGAGCAGCUGUUCUUCAGAACAAGCCAAGGCUUGUUGAGGCUAUGUACUUCUGUGAGUUGACCACGCCAACGGAGCAGUUAGGUGCAACUUAUGCAGUUCUUGGUAAGAGGCGAGCAAGGGUUCUGAAAGAAGAGAUGCAAGAAGGAACCUCAUUAUUUACAGUGCAUGCUUACCUGCCAGUCACUGAGAGCAUUGGAUUUUCGAAUCAACUUAGGAGUUUAACUGCAGGUGCAGUUAGUGCUCUCCUCGUUCUUAGCCACUGGGAAGCUAUUCCUGAGGACCCCUUCUUUGUCCCAAAGACACAGGAUGAGCUUGAAGAAUUCGGAGAUGGUUCAAGCAUUGGGCCAAACUUGGCUAAAAAGCUUAUGAAUUCUGUUAGACGAAGGAAAGGACUGCAUGUUGAAGAGAAAGUUGUGGAGCAUGGCACAAAACAGCGGACUCUUGCUAAAAAGGUAUAG